UAUCAGGCUUUUCCCCACGUCCAAUCAUUGCCCACCAGCGUUGCACAGACGCAAGUCACUUCAAACAACCGUGUCCUACAAGUGCCUCGCUACCUCUUCUGACACGUUUGCAAGCCGAGUCCACUCGCAGUCACACCCAUACUCAAGCAAAGUACCACUAAAGCCCUUUCAAAUUCCGAAAGGUGGCAAAGUAAUAACAGUGCCAAAUACCGAGUGCUCUUUCAUUCUCUGAAGCUUAAACAACAAGGUCCAUGUUUAUGUUGUUGUUGUUGAUUUUUGUAAAAAGAAAACAACAUUUACUUUUUGAUAAAACUGAGGUUUUUUCUUUAUUCUUUGGUAUAUUCCAGAGUAAACUUUACUGCCUUUCCCUUCUGUUUAAUUAAGGUUUCUUCAAAAGGGUUUUGUGGUGGAUCAUAUUGCAAAGGAAAAUAGAAGAAUCUUGCAGGAUCCACACUGCUGCUCUGCUUGUGCAAGUUUUAAGUUUUCAUGGAGUACAAAUCAGAUGAAACUUCUUAUGAUAAGAUUGAAAAUGCAAUAAAGAAUGAAGUAUCUGAAUUAAAUCGGCGUGAGACGGAUGGAAAAGAUAUUCAAAAUCCGGUUUUAAGUCCUCCUGGAGAUCUUGUACAAGUUAACUUGGCUGAUGGGAAAGUUGUAGAAAAUGUUGUGAGAGAUGCACCUCUAGAGGAGAUGGAGAUUUCUGGGGAAAUUAACAUGGAGGCCUACAUUACAACCGAUGAUGUUAUGCGGGCUGGAGGCUUUGGUGCUAGAGAUGAUAUAGGUUGCUUUCUUCCUGUUGCUAGUGAUUUUACCGACUUUGAAGCUACUAUCCGUGAUGCCCGAGACUAUGAAGAACCACAGGGGGAGAUAUGCAGAUCAGGUCUUGGAUGGACAGAAGGUACGAAAGCAGAGUAGCUUUGUUGUUACCACUAUGUUCAAGUUGUUGCAUUUGACUUUUAUCAUACUCCGUAGGAUUAUGUGGUAUGCUCACAUUUUAGUGUAUGAUCUGGGUUUAUUUUAUAGAGAAAUUUCAUCUUUCUGUUAGCA